UCUACGUAGACGACGCUGAGGGGGCGGGUAGUAAGGGAACCCGUCCGGUGCAGUUCAGAAUCAGCUCCCCGGAUCCCUAAACCUAAGUGGAAGAGUUCCGCACUCGGUUCGUAGGACAUCACGUGGGGCCAGGGCAACUUCGUGGCAGGUGGAACCAGGGCGCCGACACAUACUGCGGGUCCAGAUAGCAAAGCUUAAGGGCUGAAAAAUUCAUCGCUUGUUGGCUAGCCUCCUGGGAAACUCUACACUUGGCUACACUGGUGCCAAGGGGAAGAUAGAUAAUUAACACCUGUACUCAAAGGAUUAUGGCUAACAGCGAGCGUACUUUUAUUGCCAUCAAGCCAGAUGGGGUCCAGAGGGGUUUGGUUGGAGAGAUUGUUAAACGCUUUGAACAGAAAGGAUUCCGUCUUGUUGGCUUAAAAUUCAUGCAAGCUUCUGAAGACCUUCUCAGGGAGCACUACGUUGAUUUGAAGGAUCGCCCCUUCUAUGCAGGCUUGGUAAAGUACAUGCAUUCUGGGCCUGUGGUAGCCAUGGUCUGGGAGGGGCUGAAUGUGGUGAAGACAGGUCGAAUGAUGCUAGGAGAGACCAACCCAGCAGAUUCCAAACCAGGAACCAUCCGUGGGGACUUCUGUAUCCAAGUUGGCAGGAAUAUUAUUCAUGGCAGUGAUUCAGUGGAGAGUGCUGAGAAGGAGAUCGGCUUGUGGUUUCAUCCUGAUGAAUUGGUUGAUUACAAGAGCUGUGCCCAGCGGUGGAUCUAUGAAUGACAUGGAGGAGGCAUGUGAAGCUUUCUCCAUUGCCACAGGCCGGGGACCAGGCUGUGGCUCUGCUUAUUUCCAAGGGCUUCCAUCUGGACUGUGGAGACUUCUGUGCUAGUCAUUAACAUUGCUUGCUCAGUGUUCCAUCCUUCUGGUCAUAUUAAAAGAUUGUUGGAGCUAU